UCCACCAUGCCUGUCUAAACCAUAUCUACUCUCUUCUUCUCAACAGAGAAAAAAGGGUAUCUUUCUUUUAGCCAAAAACAAAAGUUGAUCCCCAAAAAUGGCCAUUAGAAGAUCAAACAAACUGUCGCAGACAGCAGUGAUCAAGCAGAUCGUGAAGAAAUGCUCCGGCUUAGGCGGGAAGAAGCAACAUGGGUACGACGAACACGGCGGCCUCCCCGUCGACGUGCCGAAGGGACAUUUCGUGGUCUACGUCGGAGAGAACCGAAGUAGGUACAUUGUUCCCAUCUCGUUCCUGACGAGGCCGGAGUUUCAGAGCCUUCUCCGCCGCGCCGAGGAAGAGUUCGGCUUCGAUCACGACAUGGGACUCACCAUUCCCUGCGACGAAGAUUUCUUCGAAUCUCUAACGUCAAUGCUUAGGUAAAACCUCACAGAAAAGAGAGAAAUCUUGAGCGGUUUAUUAGUUUUUGGGGAUUUUUUUUUUUUUUUUUUUGGGUUUUUAUUUUUAACUAUAACUGGAAAUUAGGUAUGGAGUUAAGCCUUAAGGGGCUUCAUUUUCUUGUUUUCUUUUUGUCCGGAAAAUAAAUUCUUAUACUCCGUAAGGUGUAAAGUUUGUAUGUAAUUUUCCUUACAGUGGUGUUUGAUCAUAUCUUUGUACCCUGUGAGAGAUCCUAUAUUAAUCAUUAUAUUAAUUAAAUUAAGGGUAAAUUAAUACCCUUUUUCUAUUUA